GGGUUAUAAUCUUAGGCAAUUCGUCAUUUUACUCGUAUAUUUGGUAAAACACACCUCAGUAAAUUAAAACUUAAAAAGAUCUAAGGUUGAAAAUGAUGACACGAGAUUUCUAUAAUGCCUGGGCUUCAUGAAAACAAAAUAAAACUUCUUCUCAAAUCCUUGUUUAGAAAAAACGUUAAAACCUCAUCUCAAAUCCCUGGCUAAAAAUAAUUCUCUAAAAUCAAUUUCUAAGAAUGAUACUCAAAAAAACGUUAUGGCUCUAAAAUCAAUUUCUAACACCUCGAAAUGAAAUUUAAAACUCAUAAAACGACACAUCUUGAGAAUCUAUCGACACUUAUUUUUAGAACGAAAUGAACGGUUAAGAAUUUAAAGCUUGAAUUUUUUUUUUUUUCCUCAACCAUUUUCCUAGACAUAAAUACUCCACUAAGGUCGCAUUGGAGAUGACAGAUUGGUCAAAGAAGUUUGAUUGGAGAAAUAAUCUUCAUAAAAGAAAGUGAGACGAGAAGAGAUUGAAAAAUCGAUAGAAGAAUCUGGUUAAAAGUUAUCCCAAUUUUUAUAAUUUGCAGAGGAGAAGAUGCAGAGAUUUGGAGGAAGACAGCCAACAGGGACGCCAUCACUAGCAUGGUCUUCCGUUGUUGUCAUCGUCUCUCUCUUAGCAGGCGCGUCCAUUGUCCACAACAUUUACAAGCCUGAUUUGACUUUGCCGACAAUUGAGAAUGCGGAUGGUGUGGGAAGAAACACAAAAGGUUCAUAAAAUGCCUCUUUCUGCAACCUGGAAGACCUUGAAUAUGUUCGUUCUCACAAGAGAAUUGCAUGGUGCUUCACACAGUCAUAUGUCAUUAGCAUAUCAAUCAUCAUUUAUCAAGAUCUAUAAAUCGUAGUUGAGUCAAUGAAAUUUUAUCUGCAGCUCUCUCUCUCUCUCUCUCUCAAGUUUACAAAAGAUGAGACAGUAUCUGCUAAGGAGAUGUACCCAGGGUUGGAAUGUUUUCAUUUUUCAUGUGCAUGAUCCAGUUUCGCUAUAGAUUCAGAUUUAAUUAGCCUUGUCUUUAUUUUAUUGACCCUCGCAUUGUUCUAGUCAUGCUACUGGCCGUGUGUGCUAGGGACGUACGAUUUCUAGAGUUGUAAAUUGCGGGCUGAUCACUCAUAAAUAUGCUGGUAUUUGGUGGUAUUGAAGCUUUCUUUCCUGGUGCUAUGGUUGCUUUAGGCACUUUUGAUAACUGAAAGUUCCAGCUCCAGAAAUUCGAAGUUUAAGCUUACUGUGGCACUUGUUUGAUAGCAUGAAGCGCUACAAGGUACUGGUUUCAGUAAGCUCUAGGUUAUGAAAAAUGAGAACUUGCAGCUUCGAUCCUCUGAUGGAAGUUUUGCUUAUCUCUAUUUUUUUGAGACUCGUAUUCUUAUCUUGGAAUGAUCUUCAAGUUAGCAGUUUAA